AUGCCAAUAAAUUCCUCACACGUGCCAGAUGGUCACCGCGUACAGCGACCAGGUCUUUGGCUACCCGAAGACCACCGAGCUCACCAGAAAUGGCUCCAAGACACAGUCAACCACGUUGACGAGAACCCUAAGGAUUUUCACCCAGCUGUUCGUGAGCUGGAAGAGCUGAUCGAAAACAAUUCCCGAAUCCACAUGCUUGCUCAAGGCAUGUUCGACGAGAUCCCAGACAAACACCCCUAUAACAAGGAUCCUUCGGGCAAGAUGAGCAUUCGUGGUUGCAAGCAUAUGCUAGCCAUUCUCAACCAUCUGAUUACCACUUCGCCUGGCUGGAGCAAGCAGUCUGAGAACGUUGGCUUGGUCGGUCUGCCAAUCUAUGCUCUCUUCGACUGGCCAAUGGGCACGACUUUUGGCUUCUCAUUCUUCCUCGAUCCGCAAGUCAACGGUCUUUUGAAGAAGAUCUUGAACGUCUGGGGCGAAUACCUCAAAUCCGAGGACUCGAGGGAGCCUUCUUUAUCAGACAAGUUCGGCUGGUUUACUGAUUCGGGACGCAAGGAUCUUGCAACUGUCGCCAAUCUAGGUGAAGAGUCCGACAAAGCACUUCCUUUCGAGCAGAUGUUUCAAUGUGACCCCUCCAAGCCUUACCAUGGCUACAAAUCCUGGGACGACUUUUUCACGCGCGAGUUCCAUUGGGAUAAGAGACCUGUUGCAGAGCCUGAGAACCAGAACGUCAUCGCGAAUGCCUGUGAAAGUACAGCUUAUCGAGUAGCUCGCGACGUCAAAGCUCGAGACAAGUUCUGGCUCAAAGGCAUGCCGUAUUCCGUCAAAGACAUCCUACAGAACGACCCGAACUACGAACAAUUCGUCGGCGGCACGAUAUAUCAGGCCUUUCUCAGCGCAUUGAGCUACCAUCGCUGGCACACUCCUGUAGACGGCACGGUGAAGAAGAUAACACAUGUCGAAGGAACAUACUAUUCUGAACCAUUGUUCGAGGACUUCGGUCGUCACCCAGAACACGCGAAUGAGGAAGGUGAGACGGAGUCUCAAGGGUACCUGACUGCUGCGGCGGCACGCGCACUAGUAUUCAUUGAGGCGGACAACCCAAAGAUCGGACUGAUGUGUGUUGUCCUUAUUGGCAUGAGCGAGGUAAGCAGUAACGAUGUCACAGUGAAAGAAGGCCAGAAGAUCAAGAAAGGCGAACAACUUGGCAUGUUCCAUUUUGGCGGCUCAACUCACUGCUUGAUGUUCAGGAAGGGUGUUAAGGUUAGUGGUUUCCCUGAGCCUGGCAAGGUCAAGCACAACAUUCCAGUCAGAAGCAAGGUAGCUAUUGUGGAAGACUGA